UUUUGUCGUAAAUAGGGAAGAGUAACCUUCAUUUGACAUGACGCUAGCUGGGAUGCUUAGCUAGCUUCUGCUGCCACUUUUAAAUACUGGUAACGGUCUGCUGGUUUAGCUUUGAAGGUGGCGAUGCUACCUUAAUGUAAUGCGUUUAAAAAGCUUAUAACUACAUUUUUAUCUGUAGUGUUUUCGUGUCUUGUAGAGUCGUUAUUUAAGCCGAUGGCGUCUGCAAAUGCCACAUACGGACAGAAGGAGUCCACGGACCAGAACUUUGAUUACAUGUUUAAAAUCCUUAUCAUUGGCAACAGCAGCGUAGGAAAGACUUCUUUCCUCUUCCGCUAUGCAGACGACUCGUUCACACCAGCCUUUGUCAGCACAGUGGGCAUCGACUUCAAGGUGAAAACCAUCUACAGAAACGACAAGAGGAUAAAACUGCAGAUAUGGGACACUGCUGGCCAGGAGCGCUACAGGACAAUCACCACAGCUUACUACAGGGGAGCCAUGGGCUUUAUCCUCAUGUAUGACAUCACCAAUGAGGAGUCUUUUAACGCCGUUCAAGACUGGUCGACCCAGAUCAAGACAUACUCGUGGGACAACGCCCAGGUCCUGUUGGUGGGGAACAAAUGUGAUAUGGAUGAUGAACGAGUGGUGGCCACAGACAGGGGCCGGCAGCUGUCAGAACAGCUGGGUUUUGAGCACUUCGAAGCGAGUGCUAAAGACAACAUUAACGUGAAGCAGACCUUCGAGCGGCUGGUGGACAUCAUCUGUGAGAGGAUGUCAGAGACUCUGGACAACAACGACCCGACUGUCACCGGCACUAAACAGGGGCCACAACUUACCGAGCAGCCUCAGAGGUCCCAUCAGGAUUGUGCUUGCUAAACAUGACACACUGUCUGCUCUCCUAAAAAUCCACACACUUUUUUUUUUUUUUUUUGUCUCACACUACCAAAUAUAUAACACACAGACACUGCAAUACAGAGACACACAACCUGGCUGAUUAGAUUCUCCACCCCUCUCACUACACCAAAAGCAUUAUCUACAUCAGCACACUCAAGUUUUUGUUAAUUUCAGUAAUAAAACGAUGAUGUGAUAGUGCUAACUUAGUCAGAGGGGUGCAGAACAUUUAACAGAGGUACAAUCCCAAGUCUUUCUUAUUUGCACGUUUACACAAACAAACGCACACACUUUACAGGAUGUUAACAGAUUUAUAUAAGGCCUCUGAAGGCUGAGACUCCAUCAUUCCUUAUUGACGCGUCUGCAAUUGGGUUUUACUAUAAAAGGCUCCAAUCCCAGGCCCCAAUCACAAUAACACCUCAAACCUAAAUGGAUACAAAUCAGUCGUUUUUCUUUUAGUCCCAAAUGAUGUUUGUUGAUGUGGAUAGGGUUGCUGUUUGUUUGUUUUUUAAUGUAUUUGAGUGGGUCUGGUGUGUUUUUGAGCAUGUGAAAUCACUGGUCCUUCUCACUGUUGGGAUCGAGUUACUACAGAUAAUUACACUCCAUGUUCAACAUCUAUGGAAUACCAUUUAAGUCUGUUUUAAUAAAAUAAAUAAAUAAAUAUGCCUAUGAAAUGAAUCAUCAUAUAAGUAAAUCAGGUAAUGAAUAUAAAUAAACAUUUAUUAAAACAUUGUAAUUAAUAUAAAUCCCCCCAAAAAUAUAUAAAUGUGGAAUUGUGAAAUAAAUGUUACUUAAAGUAGUGCUUCAAAAAACUUUUUUUAAAGCUUAUUUAUUGACCUAUGUUGACUCAAAUAUAGAUUCGUAAUUAUUAUUUGUAUCUAUUUAUAGAUGCAUUGCCUUAUUUAUUUAUAUAUAUUUCAUAGGGAUAUUUAUUGAUUUAAUAUUGACUUAAAAGAUAUUUCAUUGAUGUCCAAAUGGGGUGAUUUAAAAGUUUUUCUUUUCAUUUUAGGAAUGAAUAGCAAAAGUCAUCCACAUCAGCUUGCUUGUCAAGUCAUUGUCAUUAAUUUGUGGGCCCUUCGCAGUUUUUUAAAUAUUCAUUUUAUGGAGGUUGGUCAGUCUUAGAUCCUUGCUCUUGUUUUGUUUUUUUUAAACUUUUUUCUUACUAUUUUUUUAAGACAUAGGACAGAAUAAAACGAUAAGCAAUGUCUCUCACCAGAUGGAGAGUGUAUAAAUGUUUAAAAGUCAAUAGAUACGCAUUUAAUAAUGCAUAUAUAAUAUAUAUACAUAUAUAAUUAACACAAUAUACAAUAACAAUGAUUGAGGAUAUUGGAUUCCUACUUGUGCUUUAGUGAGAGGUGCAUGUUAUUGAUGUUUUUAUCUGAUUGUGGUUGACUGGAUGGUUAUUUGUAUCAGCUGUUUUUUAAUUUAAAACCCGUCUGUCCGACAGUUUCAGUACUUGAUGGAACCACAUGGGGCUAAAGCAUUCACAUGUGAACCCCUUCUUAUUGUAUUAACUUUAAUUCACUGCAUACAAUGUGCAACAUGCACUCAGCAGAAAGGCAUGUGAUUCAGUGUGAGCACCGGUGCACCACGGACCUCUUCAUCAAGGACAGAUUAUGUCAUGGUAGAUGUUUCCAUCUUUUACUUUAUGGGAGAAACAUGAUGUUUUGAAGCAUGUUAAUGUCAAAUUGUGAGUUUUAUUUCUCUCUGAUGUUACUAUUAGGGAUUUGUCUGAUCGUGUAUACAGUACAAACCUUCUGUCAGUCAUACAAGGCAUGUGAAAAAAAAAAUGUCAACACUUAAGUUAUUUCAAAAUAAAACAUUUAUUUUGUAUUAUUUAUAACUUUAUUUGCUUUGAAGGUAAUGUUCCUAGAUUAUGCAUUGCGAUCUGCACUCUACUUUUUAAGGAGAUGUUCAAUAGUGUUCAAAUGCUUAAACGCUCCCAGCUUUUAAAUGAAGAUGUAUUCGUGUUUACAGUGAAUAUAAGAUGCUUCCUCAAGAGGAACAUUUAAAAACAUUCCAGUGUAAGAAUCUCUUAUCAUGUUAGCGGAGCUUUGGAGGGAAAUUUGUUUGUCUUUUGAUAUCAGUUAUGUAACUUUUAAGACUUGGUAGUUUAACAGCAGACUGUUCUCACAGAGCAAUAGCAGUUAUUUCUCUCCACACCCUAAUAUGAGUACCGUACAACCCUGCUGAAGCUUUGAAACACACAUACUGUACAUGGGUGUGUAAAUGUACAGUUUCUAUGAAGGCACAGGUCUUAAUAAUUGUUCUUUCCAAAGAGAUCUCUGAAGACAUAUUUAGAGCCAAAAAGAUUGCUUGUUAGACAUUAGUGAGACUUUCACCAACAAACUUGUGUGGUAGUGUUUUCCUACUCUGUGCAGUAGCUACAAAAAGGGAAAAUGUUAAGUGAAUAGUCUGAACACUUCAUUCAAAUAGGGAUUCUUACUGCAUUGGUUGACUUGUUGGUUGAUUUUUGUUACUUUAUUUAUUGUGUUUUGCUACAGCUGUAAACUUGCUGAUAUCUAAGGAACACUAAUCGGUCCUUUUCAACUCUCCUCUUCUUCCUCCCUCUCUGUCAUAAAGAACUCUUGUAAAUAGAAGUUUUCUGCCCAUAGUUGUGUGAAUUGUGCUGUAAUUCUGUAAUGCCAGAUUUGCUAAAAUGAGGAACCAAUAAACAAAUUCUAUAAGCUGGA